GUCAUGACAAACACACUCUCCCUCCGGGAUCAGAUCUGCCCACAGGCCCUCUCGCUCCCUCUCUUUCUGCAAUGGAAAUUAACUCAUUACUUCCCCCAAAUUGAAACCCUAAUUCUCCAUCCAAAACCCUAAUAUUCCAACCCCCAAUCAUCAAUGGAGCAGCUCAAGACCAUCGGCCGGGAGCUCGCUAUGGGCUCCCAGGGCGGCUUCGGCCAAUCCAAGGAGUUCCUCGACCUCGUCAAGUCCAUCGGCGAAGCUCGAUCCAAGGCGGAGGAGGAGCGCAUCGUCCUCCUCGAGAUCGAAACCCUUAAACGACGUCUCUCCGAGCCCGAAAUCCCCAAGCGCAAGAUGAAGGAGUACAUCAUCCGCCUCGUCUACGUCGAAAUGCUCGGCCACGACGGCUCCUUCGCCUACAUUCACGCCGUUAAGAUGACUCACGACGAUAACCUCCUCCUCAAGCGCACUGGUUACCUCGCUGUUUCUCUCUUCCUCAGUGACGAUCACGAUUUGAUCAUCUUGAUCGUCAACACCAUCCAGAAGGAUCUCAGGUCUGACAAUUACCUCGUCGUUUGCGCCGCCCUCAAUGCCGUUUGCAAGCUCAUCAACGACGAGACUGUGCCUGCCGUUUUGCCCCAGGUCGUCGACCUCCUCGCCCAUCCCAAGGAGGCUGUCAGGAAGAAGGCCAUUAUGGCGCUUCACCGGUUUUAUCAGAAAUCGCCCUCCUCUGUUUCGCAUCUAGUGUCGAAUUUUCGGAAGCGCCUUUGCGAUAACGAUCCGGGCGUCAUGGGUGCCACGCUCUGGCCGCUGUUUGAUCUCAUUACCAUCGAUGUGAAUUCUUAUAAGGAUUUGGUGGUCAGCUUUGUCAGCAUUCUCAAGCAGGUCGCCGAGCGCAGGUUGCCCAAGGCCUACGAUUACCAUCAGCUUCCGGCACCCUUUAUUCAGAUUAGGUUGUUGAAGAUUUUGGCAUUGUUGGGGAGUGGUGAUAAGCAAUCAAGUGAGAGCAUGUAUAUGGUAGUCAGCGAUAUAUUUCGGAAGAGCGAAUCCACAAGUAAUAUUGGAAAUGCUGUUCUUUACGAGUGCAUUUGUUGCGUUUCUUCCAUAUAUCCUAAUCCUAAGUUGUUAGAACAGGCUGCUCAAGUCAUCUCAAGAUUUUUGAAGAGUGACAGUCACAAUUUGAAAUAUAUGGGCAUUGAUGCCCUUGGUCGACUGAUAAAGAUUAGUCCAGAGAUUGCCGAGCAACACCAACUAGCCGUCAUUGAUUGCUUAGAGGACCCAGAUGAUACUCUGAAGCGAAAAACGUUUGAAUUAUUGUACAAGAUGACCAAGUCCUCCAAUGUGGAAGUAAUUGUGGAUCGUAUGAUUGAUUACAUGAUUAGCAUUAAUGACAACCAUUACAAAACAUACAUAGCUUCUAGAUGUGUGGAGCUUGCAGAGAAAUUUGCACCAAGUAAUCAAUGGUUUAUCCAGACCAUGAAUAAAGUCUUCGAACAUGCCGGGGAUCUAGUGAAUGUUAAGGUGGCACAUAACUUGAUGAAGUUGAUUGCCGAGGGAUUUGGAGAGGAUGAUGAUACUGCAGAUAGUCAGUUGAGAUCAUCUGCGGUGGAGUCAUAUUUACGCAUAAUUGGUGAGCCAAAGCUUCCAUCUGUAUUUCUUCAGGUUAUUUGUUGGGUUUUGGGGGAAUAUGGAACUGCUGAUGGAAAAUAUUCUGCUUCCUAUAUCACUGGGAAGUUAUGUGAUGUUGCAGAGGCAUAUUCAAAUGAUGAAUCCGUCAAGGCUUAUGCUGUUACAGCAAUCAUGAAAAUAUAUGCAUUUGAAAUAUCCGCUCAGAGAAAAGUCGAGAUCCUACCGCAGUGUCAGUCUUUGGUGGAAGAAUUAUCAGCUUCUCACUCAACAGAUCUACAACAGCGUGCAUAUGAAUUGCAAGCUGUCAUUAGCUUAGAUGCUCCUGCUGUUGAGAGUAUAAUGCCGCUAGACGCAAGUUGUGAAGACAUUGAGAUUGAUAAAAACCUUUCAUUCCUCAAUGGCUAUGUCCAAGAAGCACUAGAAAAAGGCGCUCAGCCCUAUAUUCCCGAGAAUGAGCGCUCUGGAGUGUUAGAUGUCAGCAACUUCGGAAACCAAGAUCACCAUGAAGCUUUAACCCAUAGCCUUAAGUUUGAGGCGUAUGAUCUUCCAAAGCCAGUAGUGUCAUCAAGAGUUCCCCCAGCUGCAGUUGCUUCCUCAACUGAGCUUGUUCCAGUGCCAGAACCAUCUUAUGCUAGGGAGAUCCGCCAACCUGCAUCAUCGCCAUCUGUCUCAGAUGCAGGAUCGUUGGAACUUAAGCUACGACUUGAUGGUGUACAAAAAAAAUGGGGCAGGCCAACAUACUCCUCUUCUGCAUCACCGAGCUCGAACUCUUCAAGUUCUACUUCCCACAACACAACGAAUGGGGUCACACAAGUAGAUAGCGUGGGCACUUCAAAUUCAAAAGCACGUGACACUUAUGAUUCAAAGCGGCCACAGGUUGAGAUUUCUCAAGAAAAGCAGAAGCUUGCCUCUUCUCUGUUUGGAGGCUCAUCAAAAACUGAGAAGAGGCCAUCUUCUACCAACCAUAAGGCGUCUAAGGUGGGUAGCCAUGCUUCAGAGAAGUCCCAGGCGCCAAAGGCUGCAGUUGUACACACUGAAGUUAAUCAUGAACCUGUUCCAGACUUGCUCGUUGGUGACUCAACUAGUUCUGCUCUGUCUGUAGAUCCUUUUAAGCAGUUAGAAGGGCUUCUUGAUCAAACUGAUGUUGCGUCAAAUGUGAAUCAUGGUACAGCAAAGACACCUGAUUUUAUGGGACUAUAUGCAGAUACAUCUGUCAGUGGGCUCAGUAGCAGUGUUGGGGAUCUUUUGCCGACCAACAGGGAUGAGUUUAAUCUUACAUCUGAGUUAUCAAGUGCUACAAGGACUGCUCAAGGUGGGGUAACACAGAUUAAUAAGGGUCCUAACCCUAAAGAUGCCUUGGAAAAGGAUUCACGUGUAAGGCAGAUGGGCGUGACACCAACAAGGCCGAAUCCCAACUUGUUUCGAGAUCUACUUGGCUAAACUGUUCAAACAGCGGAACUUUGGUCAUGAUUGUUCGUGAAUAUUUUCUGUGGUCUUUUGGAGCGGCUGCCUGUAUAUGAUAGGAAAUGCUACUCAUUCAUGAGUUUCAAAGCCAGAUGCAGAAUUGUAGAGACACCCGUAUGGAGUGAAAACCAAAAAAACCAGGUAGAGGCAUCAUGUAUUUCCUUGGAUAUUGUUUUGAGCCAAAUCAACAUGGAGAGUUUUCUUUGCGGCAGCGUGGAGGGGUUGUGGCGGGUUUUUCAAGCACCCGUAGGAAUCCAGUUGUGUCGUGCAUGUGUAUUAAGUGAGUUUUUGUUGCGAGUUUUACUUAAAGUUGUAGACUCUAGUAGUUGCCCUUUUGACAUUAUUGAGCCCCUUUGUAUUUUUUGGCGGAUGGAAUUGAACAUUCAAACACCUAAAAGCACCCGGUCAAAUGCAAUGACAGUGAGUAAUAAUGCUCCUUGGAGAAUUCAGAAGCUAUACAUCCUCACUCCUUUUUACA